CUGAGAGAAAAGAAAGUGUUGGUCGUUGACAACUUCACAUAUCGGAGAGAAAUGAGGAAGGCGGUGGUGGUUGCAGCAGUGACCACGGCGGCAAUGGCAGCGGCGGUGGCGGUGCUGUGGAGUCGUUGGAAGCAGGAGAGCGAGCGACAGUGGAGGAAGACUCGACGCAUUCUGCGUAAGUUUGCAAGGGACUGCGCCACUCCUGUCUCCAAGCUUUGGCUGGUGGCCGAUGCAUUGGUGUCUGACAUGAAUGAAGCGCUCACUUCUCAAGAAACCACCACCCUAAAUAUGCCCAUCUCCUACGUUGCUUCACUUCCCUCUGGGGAUGAGGAAGGAUUGUACUAUGGGUUGAAUUUGAGGGGAUCCAAUUUCUUAAUUCUAAGAGCCCGACUUCGGGGGAAGAAUGAGAGCAUAUCUGAACUGCAUAGGGAAGAGAUUUCUAUCCCCUCCAAUGUCAUGGGUGGUACUUCUCAGGAAUUGUUUGAUUAUAUCGCCCUGGAGCUAGCAAAGUUUAUCUCAGAACAUGAAGUGACCACUGAUGAUACACCUGAUAGACAAAACGCUUUGGGUUUUAUCGUAUCAUACCCUGUGGACCAAGCUGCAGCCUCCUCUGGUGCUGCCAUUAAAUGGAAGAGUUUCUCUGUUACUGACACAGCUGGGAAAGCAUUAGCAAGUAACUUCAACCGGGCUCUUGAGAAACACGGCGUGAACUUGCGUGUUUUGCAAUUGGUUGAAGAUGCUAUAGGACAUUUGGCUGGAGGUAGAUACUACAAUAGGGACACCGUGGCUGCAAUUACUCUAGGCAUGGCCACAACUGCUGCUUAUGUAGAACCAACACAAGCAGUUCCUGAAUAUCAGAGCUCAUCAAACAAGUCAAGCGAGAUGGUUAUUAGCAUGGACUGGGGAAACUUCAAUUCCUGCCAUCUUCCAAUCACAGAGUUUGACACUUUUUUAGAUGCUGAAAGCUCAAAUCCUGGUAGCCGGAUUUUCGAAAAGCUCACUUCAGGAAUGUAUCUGGGAGAAAUUGUGCGAAGAGUCCUACUGAAGAUGGCCCAGGAAACAGCUCUAUUUGGGGAGGAUGUGCCUCCAAAACUCAGAACUCCAUACUUAUUAAGGUCACCUGAUAUGGCUGCUAUGCAUCAAGAUACAUCAGAGGACCAUGAAGUUGUUCACGAGAAGUUGAUGGAAAUUUUCAGGAUCACGAAUUCAACUCCACUAGCAAGAGAAGUGGUAGCCGAGGUAUGUGACAUAGUUGCAGAACGUGGGGCUCGUCUUGCUGGAGCUGGCAUUGUGGGAAUCACAAAGAAGCUUGGAAGAAUUGAGAACAAGAGAAGCGCGGUUACAGUGGAAGGUGGGCUUUAUGAGCACUACCGAGUUUUCAGAAAUUAUAUGCAUAGUAGCGUUUGGGAGAUGCUUGGGAACGAGCUAUCAGACAAUGUAGUUAUUGAGCAUUCUCAUGGUGGCUCCGGAGCUGGAGCAAUCUUUCUCGCUGCUUCGCAGACCGCCGAACCCAAUUCCUGAUGCUUCAAUAACCGGAGACAACAUAACAAUUAAGGCUGUAUCUGAAGCAACUUCUGGGAAAAAUCACUCAUAUAGACAACUUUAGUACAACUCUCUGCAAGUCGAUAUACCAUCAUGUUUGCAUUCAUCAGCUUCUAGAAAAUUCAUGGGUAAAAUGAUUAUCAAUGUCUAGCUUCUAAGAGAAGUUAAAAAAGGAUAAUGUUGGAGUUACGUGCCCAGUUGUAUUUUUCAAACUGGGAAACAAGCCAAGAGGCCAGUUGAGCAAACAGUGGUCAUCCUAGGGAUGCAACUUCGGAAGAAAAGGACUGCACAUGGACCCCUAAUUCACCUCAUAUAAUGGGAAUUCUUCAAUAUUGUAGUAUACCAACAUGACAAAUAAUCU